AUGAGCUCGUUAUCCUUUCAGACACCUCUUACACCAGAGGAAAAAAGGCUCUACGGGGAACAAUUCCGGAAAUUGGAUGAGGAAGAGCUAGGUAUAGUAACGGGUGAGGCCCUCAAACCCCUAUUUGCUGGUUCUGGGUUAUCAGGUCAGAAACUGUCACAAGUUUGGUCUCUUGUUGAUGAGAAUAACAACGGAUUUUUAAACCUUGAGGAAUAUAGUGCUGCUUUGAGAGCAAUCGGACAUUUACAGCAGUAUCCAAACUUACCGGUUACGGGUGAUCUGUAUGCACAUCCUCCCGCUAAGCUGGCGGUUUUAGAUGGAGCUCAAGCUGGCGUCCAGAGCGGAAAUCAGCAGCCAUCCACAUCAAUUCCAAUAUUGGCACCUCAGGAUGUAUCAAAGUAUUCUCAGCUGUUUGAAAGAGCUGCCAACGGCGCCGUCAGCUUGCCAGGUGAUAAAGCAAAGGAGAUCUUUUUGAAAGCCAGAUUACCCACUCAAACCUUGGGCGAAAUCUGGGGCCUUUGUGAUAGGAACGCUUCUGGUUCUCUGGAUAAGGCGGAGUUCGUGAUGGCGAUGCACUUGAUACAGCUUUGUAUGUCCAACAAUCCUUCUGUCAAUCCUAUGCCGCAUACGUUACCUAGUCAACUGUGGAACACAAUCGGUGCCAGUGUUGCUGCAACAGUGAGUCCGUUGAGUGCUAAUUCUACUGGUAGAUCGUCUUUGGGAAGGCGAAGCACUAUAUCUCGCCUUUCAUCGGGAGUCUUCAACAGUGCUUCCACUGACUGGUCACUGACUUUUGAGAAAAAGCAGCAGUUUGAUGCAAUUUUCGACUCUUUAGAUAAAUCGCAUAAGGGCUCGCUAGACUCUCAGGCCCUCGUUCCGUUUUUUCUCUCUUCGAGGCUGAAUCAAGACACGCUUGCUAGCAUUUGGGAUUUGGCUGAUAUUCACAACAAUGCGGAAUUUACCAAAGUGGAAUUUGCCAUUGCCAUGUUCUUAAUCCAGAAGAGAAAUGCUGGAGUCGAACUGCCAGAUGUGAUUCCUGAUCAACUGUUGCAAUCUCCAGCCUUGGGCUUAUAUCAGCAACAGCAGCCGGCUCAUCAGCUUCACCAACAGGUUCCUCAGCAGCAACCUAACAUUGCAAUUCCAUCGAGAAACACGAAACCUUCAUUUCAGGAAGCACCUCAGCCGCAAAUCACGCAAAAUUCUAACAACGGAUCUUUGAGCGAAUUGCUGGCAUUAAACAGUUCUUUCGCUUCGCCUUCGUCACAAACUCCAGUUCGUCGCAACUCAAGCAACUUUGGGCGCGAAGCUCCAAGUACAGGUGCAGCUGCGGCGCAUCAAACUAGAAGUGUGCCGGGGAAAGCGGACUGGAAUCCCAAUGUAAUAAGGGAAGACGAUGAGGACGCACCGCAAUCUCAGAAUCUACAGCAGCAACCCCAGCAGCUACAACAGCAACCCCAGCAGCUACAACAGCAACCCCAGCAGCUACAACAGCAACCCCAGCAGCUACAACAGCAACCCCAGCAGCUACAACAGCAACCCCAGCAGCUACAACAGCAACCACAGCAGCCACAACAGCAGCCCCAGCAGCAGCAGUAUCAACAAAGUACUCAAGUUCAACAAGCUCAGUAUCAGAAUGUGCCUCAGCCUGUCUCAAAGAGCGCGCCUCCUGCUGUUGUCCCCCGCGCUUCGUGGUCCAACCUGCCUAAGGUGCCUGACUUUAGCUCAUUUGCGCUGCCCGGAGCUAUUGCAGGUGCAGCGGGUGCAGCAGGUGCGCUCAUGGCGGGUGCUGCCGCUGCUUCAGGACAUAGAAAUAAUGAUCUGUAUGCUGAUGCUGAAGCAUCAUCUCAGCUUUCCUCAGCCACAACAGAGAUGGCAAACUUGUCCAAUCAAGUGAACUCCUUAUCGAAGCAAGCCAGUUUGACUAACGAAAGGAAGGCUAGGGCAGAGAAGGAGCUUAAGCGUGUCAACGAGAUGAAAAGUGCCAUUCAAGGCAAGCUGUCCACUUUACGCUCGACUCAUGAACAAAAUGUGAAGCAAACGGAACAACUGGAGGCAGACCUUGCUACAAUCAACAGAGAGAACGAAACUUUGAACCAACAAUUGGCCGUGGUAGAAGGCAACUACCACGCUACGGAAACGAAGCUGAGAGAUUUAUCGGAAGAAUUCCAGCAGGCUCAAGAUAAGAACUCCCAGCUUAAGGAACAAAUAUCGAGCUUAAACGCAAUGUCUGCCACUUUGCAGUCCCAACUAGCCGAAAAGCAACAGCAUGUGAAGCAGGAAAGAUCUUUAAUCGAUGUCAAUGGCAAGCAAUUGGAGGUCAACCAAAUGACUGUUGCCAAUUUCCAAAGCGAGAUACAAGGCUUAGACGAGAAACUAACCAUAUAUCUGACAAAGCGCAAGGAGCUAGAUGAUUAUCAGAAAACUGUGGAAGAUCAACAUGCCCAAUUGCAAAGCAAAUACCAGGAGCUUGAGGCUGGUAACUCAGAGUUGAAAGCUCGAGAACAGGAGCUGGCCCAGCGAACCGAGCAGGUUGAGGAGCAAGAAAAGUUAUAUGAGCAACAUGUCGAGCGUUUGCAAAGGAUGUUCGAAGAUCUCUCGAAGAGAAAGGAAUCCCUUGACAGAGCUGAAGAAGAUCUAGAAAAGCAACACUUCGAAUAUGCUAGUAAGGUGCAAGAGCUAUCUGACAGACAGAUGAAAUUAGCGAUGGGCGAGUUGCCUAGUGACAGUGGGCAAAUUGUUUCCAGAAGCGCAGUGGUUCCGAAUACGAAGCACGACGCAGAUAUCUCGAAGUUCGUGGAAGAUAGUGUGGCCAACUCUAAAUUGAGUAAUCCAGGCAAUGAAGAUGAAGACAGAGCUGAAAGCGAAGUUUUUGAUAAAGACGUUCCCACAACCGGUUCGCAAACUGAAGCAGAUGAAGAAUUAGAGGCUAGGGCACCUGUGAGUCAUGCAGAGACGGCGGUCACCUUAGCUGACGGUUUCGAAAGCGAUUUGAACGAGUACGGAAUUCCAAGAACACAGUCUUUAACUUCGUCGGUUGCUAACAACCCUCCACAUUCAGUCAUGGACGAUGCAGAGUUGCCGCAAAAAUUGGACGAAACCAGUGGAGCCAAUGUCGAGGACAAGGACCUCACAGUUGCAGCUGCUCAGAUACCGGGCCAUUGGGAAGAAGCUACUGUCUCAACAGCAGGCACUACGAAACAUGAAAUCAUUCCGAAGAAUCCCUCAGAGAAGCCUCUCGACAAACCGGUUGGUGCCUCUGAUCAGCUGUCUGAUAAAAAUAUUGGAUCAGUACCAGAGGAAGUUUUACCAAUAGAGAACUUGAAAUUGAAUGAAGAGGAAGCUUCAUCUUCCAACGAUGAGUUUGAAGAUACGAGGGAGGAUUUGAACCCUCAUGCAGGACAGAGCGUUAGAGACUCUCCUGUUAUGCUAGGGGGACAAGCAGCAAGUUACCAAGUACCUUCAGAAACCCCAGCUACUGUUGCAACCUUAUCGACAAGCACAGCCGAUGCCGCAGCCUCUCCCGCCAGAGAUGCUUUUGACGAUGCUUUCACGGGCCUUCAGCAGGCUGCUGAUGAGGAAGCACAUGCUGUAGGAGACGAGCAGCAAAUCACUGAAUCGAUCGAAGAGUUUGAAAAGAUUGAACACAAAGACCUAGAUGAGGAGCUUCAACAGAACGCGUUCACGGGUACUCUAACAAGUGAAGCUACCGUUCGUGCUAAGGAUACCAACAAUGGCUCCGAUAACACCAGCAAUGAUGAGUGGGACGAGAUCUUCGCCGGUUUCGGAAACGGCGACGCAUCUGCAGGCAGCAAAGGCAUCGCAAAGGACACCCAGCAACAGCAUCCGAUUCCAAUCAAGCCAAAUGAAGGCUACUCCAGCUCGCCGGUGAACAGGAAACUGGCUACCACGCCUAGGUCGCUGGCUGUCGAGGAAUUGAGUGGAAUGGGCUUCACUGAGCAAGAGGCGACAAGCGCCUUGGAGCAAUGCAAUUGGGACUUGGAGGCCGCCACAAACUUCCUUCUAGACAAUGCUUAG